AUUAACCAACGCCCCCUUGUCAUGUGACCGGCAGACUUGUGAACCAAUCAGAACGCACCAUCUGUAAACAUGGCGCCCGACUUCAGAUGGAGGUGUGUGGUUCUCCUUCUCUUCGCCCAACUGCUUUGUUAUUCGGCCGCCGAAAGCAAAGAAAAGCCCAAGAAAAAGAAGGAUAUCCGUGACUACAAUGACGCAGAUAUGGCGCGGCUCCUGGAGCAAUGGGAGGUACGUUUACAUGGUACUUUUUACUGGACCAGCUCAGUACUGAGCCUCAGAGUCAGCAGCCAUACUGUCCUGAGUUAUUCAGCAGCACUCAGUUUGGUCAAGUCAACAGUUUCAGCAUCACAGACUGACUCUCUCGGAAACUGUCAAGGAGUUUGAUAAUACCAGAGAAGAGUAUACAGCCUCAUGAUUCAGGGAGAGAGGAGAGUGAAUCACACGGAGCGGUGUGGAGAGACGUUCAAUGUCCUCGAGGAAGGUGGGAAAAAUCAAAGAUUCCGGGUUCCGGGACCUGUUGGUUCAGAUAGACACCGACUGGAUAAGACUGGAGGGGUUGACUGUCAGUUUAAGGUCACCUGUAGAGUAGAUGACCUUCAUUGCUUAACAUUGAACCAAAGUAGCUCCAAAUUUACAGUAGAUGCUGCUGACAUGUUUAAUUACUGAAAGAAAGGCAGUCAGACUCUAUCAGGGUUUUAUCGUUCUCUGAAAAUCUCUGUUUUAUCUUCUCAUAUCUUCUCUUGGUUCUACAGAAGGAUGAUGACAUUGAAGAAGGGGACCUUCCAGAGCACAAGAGGUCUCCUCCUCCCAUUGAUUUCUCCAAGGUAGACGCCUCCAAGCCAGAGGAGCUGCUCAAGAUGUCCAAGAAGGGCAGGACUCUGAUGGUGUUUGCGACAGUGUCAGGGGAUCCCUCGGAGAAAGAGACUGAAGAGAUAACAGGCCUGUGGCAGGGGAGCCUCUUCAAUGCGAACUUUGAUAUUCAGAGGUGAGCUCAGUUUUGUUGGCUGUUCAAGAGACAGCUAUGAGCGGCAACAAAUGCAUGUGUCUUCUCUAUCAGCUGCUUUCACUGGCAGAUAAAGUUCAUACAUGCUGCCAGUGGAAGCAAAUCAGGUUUAUAGAGUGUCUGAUGUAAAGACACUUGAGCCCACAUUUGACACAGCAUUGGAGGAUAAAUCAUUCUGUACCAGUGUCUAGGCCAAGUUAAUGUCUCAUCACCUGAGUGGGUGAGGCAGCUUGAAGCUUAUGAGGCUAGUGUGUGUUCAGUAAAUACUUGGAAUUCAUUUGAAAUAUCUAGAGCUUUACAGAACCUAAAGCUGGCUGAGUGAUUAGGAAGAAAAUCAUGAAAUAAACUAUUCAUCCUUGAGCUUACUCUUAUUGUAUCUUUGUGUUUCCAAUUUAACCUGAGUUCGAAUGUUAUUGGUUAAAUCUGAACACAGCCACAUCCCCAGUUAUUAAAGGGUGUGCACACUUAUGCAACCACAUGAUCUCAGUUGUUCAUUUUUACUUCACCUCCCUGAAAGAUUUCUGUUUGUUUUUCAUUUGUGUUGUACAGGUUAUAGGUCACAUUAAAGGUGGAAGAAUUUGUGAAAUUAUUUAUCUUGAUUUAAUUUUUUACAUGACAAAAACCUGGCAGUUGAACAGGGGGUGUGUAGACUUUUUAUGUCCACUGUAUAAAUAUAAGACUUCAACUGCUAAGAAAAACCUCACAGUCGAUUCUCUCUCUGAUUGCAUGUUAACUUGUCUCCUUGCAGGUUUGUAGUGGGCUCCAACAGGGUGAUCUUCAUGCUGCGGGAUGGCAGUAUGGCCUGGGAGGUCAAAGACUUCCUCAUAGCUCAGGACCGCUGCGCAGACGUCACUGUGGAAGGACAGGUAUUCCCGGGAAAGGCAGCGAAUAGCAAUGGAAAAACUAAACCACAAAAUGAGGUCAAAAAGAAAAACAAGAAGAGGACAGAUGAGAAGAAGCCAGACGUGGAGGGUAACAGAGCCAGCCAUCUGAAACAGGAGCUUUGAUGGACACUCAGAAAAACACCUUCUCUGGCCUGCAGGAGCACAUGUAGCUGUUUCAGUUCAAAGUUAGUGUUCAGAGUGAAGACAGAAAACUGUUGGGGACAAUCACCUUGACCUCUGGCCUUGAAUUACAGGAAACAUGGUUGCAUUUUCUCCACCUUACAGCAGUGUUGCAGCGAUGAGUACACUCUUGAAAUCCUCAUUUUUCAUGUCAGCUCCUACAAAUCAACAUCGUGCAGAUGGAUUCUGGUUUUCAAACAAAGUCCAAAUACAGAAUUCAAAAUAGUCUGCACAUGUUAAUUCUUAAAAAUGUUUUUCUUUGACCAAUAUCAGAUCAGAGCCAAACCAGUACUGGAGUUUUUACAACCAGUAUUGUCACAAGAUUAUGGUUACUUGAUUUUGUUUGAUUUGCUAUAGGUCCUUGGGAGGAAACGGUGGUACUAAUCUUUAUUGGAUCCAUAUGAGCUAACUGAUUAUUGAAUGGGCUGUAUGGAACUGAAUCUCUGUGCCACACUUCGAAUGAUUGAAUUUCAGCAUUAUGUAAUUUGAUCAAAGCACUUCUCACACUGUCUGUUUGAUUUGUUACACAUGAUACAUGAAUAAACAUUUUGUUAAAUAACCA